AUGAGAACUUUGUAGCCUUAAAAUAAAACUAAAAAUAACAAUCCCUAGAAUGGGAAUAACAACAACAGCAAUAACAAUAAUUAAAAAUAGAAUUAAAAAGGCGGAUAGAACUAGAAAAAUACUAAAAUUGUUACAAAGACUUCAUUUUUUUAGCCAUUAGACUUUUCUCUGGAAAUACUAAGUGAAGGAGAUAGUGCUAAAUUUAUGAAUAGCUUUAACGAUUAUAUUAAGGAAUGUAGAGGAUUUUAUUAAUUAAGUGAUUAUCUUGAUUUGGGGUCAAAAGAUCCUAAAAAAAGCGAAGUAAAGCAUAAAGUUUAACCUUUAAACAUGAGUCAUAUUCUAAUUGGGUUAAAAAGUAUAGCAAGAAAAUUGAGAAAUAAUCCUGAUAGUUUUGAAUCAGUCGUAUUAAUAUAUGAGCGUGAAUCCCAUGAUAUUUUAGAAGAAGUUUUAUAGUUAUGUAAUAGAAAGAAUGUCAAACUCAUUUUAUUAUAAAAAUCUCAAAGGAAAAGGAUGAUGGAUAUAACUGGUGUGAAAAAAUUCAAUGGUUUAGGUAUUCUAAAGUUUGAAAAAACAUAAAAUCAUAUUGAUGACAUAAAUAGCUACUCUUCAAAAUGUAAAUCAAACUUCACAUGGGCUGUUAACCCUGAUGAAUUAAAACCAUUAAAGUUAAAAAUUCAAACAAUAGAAAAGCCUAUUGAAAAGAAAAAGGGAGAAUAGGUAAAUAAACCUUAAGAAUCUUAAAAAUGA